AUGACAACCUCCAACGAAUUGUCCUGUGAAAUGUAUCCCGGUCGUUCAGGCAACCGUGAUCCAAAGGAUUGGUCGUACAUGGAGUUUUUGAGACUUAACCAGGCCACUAUCGUUGAUGUACCACCCUUCUCAGACGAUUGGACUGGCGUUGACGGUGCAUGGGCUAGAAGAUAUUUGCAGGAGGUCGGCGAGAUAAACCCGAAACUACGCAAUUCUGAAAAAGAAAAGGUGAUAUCGUUUUAUAUUAAUUUAAUUAGCGGAAGGGGCUCCACAUCCGUUCUCUACCGGAGUUGUGGAGUAUCCGUUAUCUACCGGUCCCAAGUGUUGGUGGUGGAAGCUUUAGGUCCGUUAUCUACCGGAUCUAAAGUAUCCAUAAAAGCAGCUCAUGCGAGCUCUGCCCUGCCUCAAUUUUGGCGUGAGCUUGGAUUAAGGAGCAUACUUGAUACGGAAAGCCUUGAGUUGUUGGGUGAAGCAAGUAAAUUCCAAUCACAGAAAGCUCGUAUGAAUUAUAGAUAUCAGACUCGGAUGUUGGCACAUUCAUCGGAUAAGCGCCCCUAUGAGAGCACAGUAUAUGAGGAUGAACCCACGGAUUUGGGUUAUGAGAAAGCUAAAAAGACUAAGACACUUGAGAGUCAUGGAACAGCAGAAGAUUCAGAUGGUGAUAUGGCAUACACAGAAGAAAUCCAAGACCUUUCUCUGGUAUUGUUGCUUUUGCUGUUAUUCUCUUUAAUAAAAAAAAUGACACAAAUUUAA